CCAAAAAAGGAGGUAGCAGAAUGUAAGGAAAAGUUCGCAAGUUCAGUGGAUCCAACGGUUAGUCAAACUUUUAUGCUAGAUCGAGUAUUCAACCCUGAAGGAAAGUCGCUGCCGCCUAUGCGAGGAUUCAAGUAUUCCAGCUGGUCGCCACUGGGCUGUGAUGCCAAUGGAAGAUGCCUGCUUGCAGCUUUAACCAUGGACAAUCGAUUGACCAUCCAUGCAAACCUCAACAGGCUACAGUGGGUGCAGCUGGUGGACCUGACAGAAAUCUAUGGGGAGCGUUUGUAUGAAGCCAGUUACAAACUUUCUAAGGCUGACACUCCCAGGGGAGAACUAGGAGACUUCCCUGAAUUUCAGCGACGGCACAGCAUGCAGACUCCAGUGCGCAUGGAGUGGUCGGGCAUCUGCACCACUCAGCAGGUUAAACACAACAAUGAAUGCCGGGAUGUCGGUAGCGUGCUCUUAGCAGUACUCUUUGAAAACGGUAACAUUGCAGUUUGGCAAUUUCAGCUUCCAUUUCUGGGUAAGGAAUCAAUUACUUCUUGCAAUACCAUAGAGUCUGGAAUAAAUUCCCCAAGUGUGUUGUCUUGGUGGGAAUAUGAACAUAACAACCGAAAGAUGAGUGGACUUAUUGUAGGGAGUGCAUUUGGACCGGUUAAGAUCCUUCCUGUCAAUCUAAAAGCAGUCAAAGGCUACUUUACUCUGAGACAACCUGUAGUCUUAUGGCAAGAAAUGGACCAGUUACCAGUGCAUAGUAUCAAAUGUAUUCCUCUUUACCACCCCUACCAGAAAUGUAGUUGUAGCUUAGUGGUGGCUGCAAGAGGAGCUUAUGUGUUUUGGUGUCUCCUGUUGAUAUCCAAAGCAGGUCUGAAUGUCCAUAAUUCCCAUGUGACAGGGCUUCAUUCUUUGCCAAUUGUAUCUAUGACUGCAGACAAACAGAAUGGCACGGUGUAUACGUGCUCCAGUGAUGGAAAGGUAAGGCAGCUGAUUCCUAUAUUCACAGACGUUGCUUUAAAGUUUGAGCACCAGCUGAUUAAGCUCUCGGAAGUGUUUGGCUCUGUCAGGACUCACGGAAUAGCUGUUAGCCCGUGUGGUGCUUACUUAGCAGUUAUUACAACGGAGGGCAUGACUAACGGUCUUCACCCAGUUAACAAAAACUACCAAGUUCAGUUUGUAACCCUUAAGACUUUUGAGGAGGCAGCUGCGCAGCUCUUGGAAUCUUCUGUUCAGAACCUUUUCCGGCAAGUGGACUUGACAGAUCUUGUACGCUGGAAAAUUCUGAAGGAUAAGCAUAUUCCUCAAUUCUUACAGGAAGCACUGGACAAAAAGAUUGAGAGCUGUGGUUCUACUUACUUCUGGCGGUUUAAGCUAUUUCUCCUGAGGAUUUUGUACCAGUCAAUGCAGAAAGCUCCCUCAGAGGUCAUGUGGAGACCUUCACACGAGGAUGCAAAAAUCUUAAUAUCGGAUUCCCCUGGGAUGGGCAGUACUGAAGAUGAUCAAGAGGAAGGAACUUCUAAACAAGCCAGCAAGCAGAGCCUAUGUGACACAGGCAAAGGUAUGGACAUAGAUGACACUGCAGAUGAUUCUCUUCCGCAGUCGAGUGACGUAGGAGGCCAUGAGCCAAUGGAAGAAAAGCUGCUUGAAAUACAGGCACAAAUUGAGGCAGUAGAAAUGCACUUGACACGAGAACACAUGAAACGGGUGCUGGGAGAAGUUUAUCUACACACAUGGAUUACAGAAAACACCAGUAUUCCCACCAGAGGAGUCUGUGACUUCUUAAUGUCCGAUGAUGGCUAUGAUGACAGAACAGCACGAGUGCUGAUUGGGCAUAUCUUAAAGAAAAUGAACAAACAGACUUUUCCAGAGCACUGCAGCUUGUGUAAAGAGAUCCUGCCGUUCACCGAUCGCAAACAGGCAGUCUGCUCUAAUGGACAUAUUUGGCUCAGGUGCUUUCUAACCUACCAGUCCUGUCAGAGUUUGGUAUACAGGAGGUGUUUGCUUCACGACAGCAUUGCACGGCAUCCGACCCCAGAAGAUCCUGAAUGGAUCAAGAGGUUAUUGCAAGGACCUUGCACGUUCUGCGAUUCUCCUGUGUUCUAGAGAAGAGCUAUGUAAAAACUGAAAGUAUUUUCUCUACUGCAUAAGCUCCCUUCA